GGACACGCUACAGGCUUGUGCGUUAACAUGCAGCAAGUGGCUACAUGCAAGUCAGUCCAGGCUCUUUUCCGAACCUAUUCGUCGGAACGCUGUCAUGGCAUCAGUCCACAUGGACCACAUCUGUAGUGUCCUGAACAGGUCUCCGCGUUUGCGGGGUUAUGUCGCGGUUCUUUCCACCACCAGCGCAUACCUGGGCAGAUUCGCGCGCUUAGGGCUACCAAACGUUCGGACUGUGCAUGUGCAUACAACCUCGCGCUCCAACUCGGAAUUCGAAGAUGGGGCUUGGGAUUCUGGAGCUGGAACGACGACGGCCGACUUGUACGCCGCCCGGUGGUUGCCGUUGGGAGCUUUCCCUCGUCUUCUCGAUGUGCACGUUCACGGAGACAUGGAACUUGACUCUUUCAGGCUUCUGAGGAUGAUAAGGACCUUUCCUCCGAUCUCCCGCCUAGGAUUGCACGGUCUUUCGUGGGUCGGAGCCAGUCGCUUUUUGCCAUCGCCGGAGACCCCCGCUGGCCUCCGUCUGAGGGCCCUUGAACUCAUACGAGGCGAUGUCAUCGACAUACUUCAGGGUUUAUUGUGUUUCUCCGGAAGCAAAGAUAUCAUUUUCGCGCUCGAAGAGCUAUCAUUGAGCGUUAGCCCCCUUCGCAAACGCGCGUGGAUCAUCGCGGUCAACGAUCUUCUGAAACAGAGCGAGGCGCUACUCGCGCUCCGAGUUGGUGACU